CUCCUCCUCUUCCUCUCCUUCGUCUCCUCUCCAUCUCGUGCAUACCCGUCGUUUCCUCCACCCUCUUCGUCUCAUUCUGCGAGCUCUCGUCCUGCUGUGCAGUCCUCUCAAACCCUCUGUUGUAGCACCAAAGGUAGGAGGAGCCACCAGCACACACACAUUCACACACACAUUCACACACACACACACACACUCCCUCUCUCUCUCGCUCUCUGACAUCCCUGCUGCACACACUGUAAGCACUAGCCAGCCAUUCAGCCAGCCACCCAGUCAGGCCAGUUUGGAGCAGCCCAGCCGUUUCAUCGCCCAAGAUGGAUGUACUGAUGAAGGGGUUCUCCAUGGCCAAAGAAGGAGUGGUGGCCGCCGCAGAAAAGACCAAAGCCGGGAUGGAGGAGGCAGCAGCCAAGACUAAGGAAGGGGUGAUGUAUGUAGGCAGUAAGACAAAGGAGGGAGUUGUGUCAUCAGUAAACACAGUGGCCAACAGGACCGUGGAUCAGACCAACAUCGUGGGAGACACAGCGGUCGCCGGGGCCAACGAGGUGUCACAGGCAUCCGUGGAGGGAGUCGAGAACAUCGCUGCGUCGACCGGGAUGGUCAACCAGGGAGAAUACGGGGGAAUGGAGCAGGGUGGUGAAGGAGGAGAGGGUUAUUAGUCGUCUUCAGGAACCCCCCCGCCGAUCUUUUCCGUCAGCCCCCGGCUAUCCUCUCACCUUGCUGACUCCAGAUGUUCAACAUAUUUUUCUGUGACUUUACGGAACAAAAUCAACUAAAAACAGACUCUUCCAGAUGUUGCACCUCAGCCUCCCCCUCCCCCCCGUCCACCCACUUCCUCCCCCCUCUGAUUUUCUGCAGCCUGUAGCUUUCCCUCCCGCCCCCUACCUCACCUGUGUGUGUUAUAGUGUUGUCCUGAUAUGAAUCCUGGUGUUGCUACUGCCCUCCGCCGACCACCUGAUAGGGAAACCUCACACACAAACUCACACACACACAAACAAAAAAAAAAAAAGAGACACACCUUCAUUAGGCACAUGCAUGAAACACACACACAUACAGUGCAUAGAGUUAACGCCAGCACAGACGCACACACUGGACAAAGUGAGCGGUUUGCUGUAGGAAAUGAAAUUGUGGUUUUGUGAAUACAGUUGAGCCGCUGCAGUCCACGACAUUAACUCUCUGUGAGACUGAGGCGGGGUGUAAGCUGCUGUUUGUGUUCCCGUGUGUCCAUGUCGGCUUAUAUAGUAUGUGUGCGUGCAUGUGUAGCUGCAGGUAUAUACAAAUAAAACUAAUCUCCAGAGGAGAUGUGCAGGGGAAUCGAGCACUAAUGGCAGAUUUCUUUCUGAUGUGUGUGUGUGUGUGUGUGCAGUAGUUAGUUAGUGACAGUAGACUGCAUGAACAGAUGUGUAGAAUGACCCGUCGUGUGUUGAAUCCGUAGAGUAGCAGCUGUUCUCCGUGGCUUUGUGUGGCUUAGUGUGCGUUUCGGCUUGAUGUGUAGAAACAGGGUUGUUACAGUGACAUUAACUAAAACACGCUGCUCAUUUUUCCUCAAACAUGACAUUAUGAAAACACGAGGCAUGUUUGCUGCGACAUCAGCUACGGUCCAUACUCGAUUGGUUUUAUUAGACCUGACCGACAGCGACAUUCCCUGCAAACAACCAGUUUUAAAUGCUAAACUGUGAUCAUUCUUUCCCGUCACAAGCAGUGUUUCCCACGAGGAGUAGCCAGUCGGUGCUAACUUAGGCAGAAAAUAAAGUUAAAGGCUAAACAUCUUUCUCGCCGCUGUUCAAAUGUACAGAGCUUUAUUUGAAAUCCUCGUGGAGACCCGAAUGAUUCCAAACAAGUCAGGAUGACUUUUGGGGGGAAAUGUGCAUAAAAUGCU